AACAUCUUUCCACGGAUCAGCUGCAGUCCAUUUAAAACCACUGAAGCUUGUAUAACAUAACCACAGAGAAAGAGUCAAAUUGAGCAGUUGUAGAUUGUAAAAGUUUACUUUUCACGCAGAGGUGAAGAAAGCAGGUUACAUCUGUAGAGUCACACCUCUGAGGGGUGUGGAGAAGCAAAGGAUUUGCUUAUAAAGCAGCGUUGCUCCUCACUCGUCAUCAUCUCAUCUUGCAUAUAGACCCAGGAGUACACCGCUAAAGGCCACGAUGCUGAAUUUAAUCCAGCUGAUAUUUAUGUUCUUUUUGACCAACAUUAGCACAACUGAUGCAGAGAAACUUUUCCAUAAUCGGGAUCAUUCUGAUACGCAGACACUUAAUUCUCACAAAGCUCAGGCUAUAACAGACAAAUAUGGAUUCAUCAAGCCAGUUAACUGGGAGGAGGUUCGGUUUGAGGAUUCAGACACCUCUUUCAGUGGUGACUUCCUCGACGAUCUUCAAGCCACAAUCCAGGAGGGAACCUCAGCGUCUUACUCGAGGGCUGCUCAUCGAGCUGGUGGUCAGCAGGGCUAUAACCGUCAAAAUGAGAACCAAGCCUUUAUUUCAGCACUUAAAGAGUUUCAGAGGGUUUCAGGUCUGCCUGUUACAGGGGUGUUUGAUGAGGCCACCAAGUUAGCAAUGAACAAACCAAGGUGUGGAGUCCCUGAUAAAGAGACUGGUCUGACCAUCCCUGUCAUCACUACAGCACCUCAGAGCAGUGGUGACUUUGAUUUUGAAAACAGUACCACUGACAGUUUUACUGAGACCAACAGGAACAACACAGCAAGUGACAUAAUCAGUGGCACUUCUUUAGGUACUGCAAAUUUCUCUGAAGACGACAUAUUAAAUUUUAAUGAUACAGACGGUGUGUUCACAGCCAUUUCCAAUGACACCAGCAUGAAUUAUACAACGGAGCUUUUAAAGAUCACUUCCCUAAACAGCUCGCACGACAGCAGACCGGGCAGCCAAACGGGAAAUAUCAGUGCGAACGCGCAUCCGAGUGAAGCAGUGAGACGCAAGAAGGAACCUCUCGCAAGUCUCAUAUCCAAAAGCAGGCGGAAGAGAGAUUUGACUCCAACUGGCCACAUGGCUUUUUCCAAGAAGGUGUUAAACUGGCGGCUGAUAGGAGAAGGCUACAGCAGCCAGCUGACUAUUGACGACCAGAGAUACAUCUUCAGACUGGCUUUCAGGAUGUGGAGUGAAGUGUCGCCACUGGAAUUUGUGGAGGAUACACAUGCCCCAUUGGAGGAUGUUGACAUCAGGCUGGGAUUUGGUACAGGAAGGCAUCUGGGAUGUAAUCAGAAGUUCGAUGGCACUGGUCAAGAAUUUGCCCAUGCUUGGUUCCUGGGUGAUAUACACUUUGAUGAUGAUGAGCACUUCACAACUCCCAAUGUUGGCAGUGGAAUCAGCCUUCUCAAAGUAGCAGUUCAUGAGAUUGGCCAUGUUUUGGGUCUACCUCACAUAUAUAGACUCGGAUCCAUAAUGCAGCCCAGCUAUCUACCGCAGGAGUCCAGCUUUGAAAUGGACUGGAUGGACAGAAAAGCUAUACAGCAACUCUAUGGAGGCUGUAAAGGUCGAUUCAACACGGUGUUUGAUUGGAUCAGAAAGGAGAAGACACCCUAUGGGGAGGUGGUGAUCCGCUUUAACACCUAUUUCAUGAGAGAUGGCUGGUACUGGCUGUACGAGAACAGAAAUAAUAGAACGCGUUAUGGUGAUCCAGUUCCGCUGCAAACUGGCUGGCAUGGGAUCCCAAUGGAUGGAGUAGAUGCACAUGUCCAUGUCUGGUCCAGGAGAAGAGAUGCUGUAUAUUUCUUCAGAGGUACUCAGUUCUGGAGGUAUGAUAGUGAGAACGACCAGGUGUUUGGACAAGACUCUGAAGGCCACCAUUAUCCGAGGUUAAUCUCUGAAGGAUUCCCAGGGGUGCCAAGUCCUAUUGACACAGCCUUUUAUGACAGGAGGGACUCCCACAUCUACUUCUUUAAAAACAAUCUUGUGUAUGCAUUCAGCAUGGAAGCCAACAACUUGGCAAGAGGGUUCCCAAAAAACAUCAGAGAUGUUUUCCCUCCUGUGGUGAACACAGACCAUCCAGAUGGCAACAUUGACGCUGCCUACUUCUCCUACACUCACAAUGCCAUCUUUCUACUCAAGGGCAUACGCUUCUGGCAAGUAGUGGGCAGUCGUGAUCGCUGGCGACGGCCCUUUCUGCCACGAAAUGGCCUGCUGCCACAUAAGGAGGUGGAUCAGCAUUGGUUUGAUAUCUGCAAUGUUCAUCCCACUGCACUCAAACUAACCCGCUGAGAGUGUUGCAGCAGAGAUGUGAUAGAGCUUGCUAAAGUUUGCAUAUGUGAUCUACUGAUUUCGUUUUAUGUACACAUAUUGUCAAGCUGCAAUAACUGACUAAUUUCUAGGAGACAACAACAAUUUUGAAUUUUGUUGGCUAAUUUUCACCGAGGUGUGUUAUUUAUAUAUGUAACAGCUGCUUUUUCAUUCCUUUUCUCUUUUUCGGAGCAGUGCUGAAUGCAUUCUGCCACAAAAACAAUCCUAAAGGACUUCCUAUUAUUAAGAUAUUCAGAGAAUACAUGUAUGUAUAAUGUAGAUAAAGCCAAUAAAUGUUUUGCUGAGCUGCUCAAAAUGAUAUUUGAUGUGCUUACUGUAAGUGCACUGUGUAGGAAAAUGCUUUCAAAUGGCAAAUGUGCAAAAUAACAUUAAAACAGGCUUGUGCGUACUGUGAAGUGACUUCUUAUGUCACAUGUAAUCUUAAGAAAACCUCUAAGAAGAUUUGUGGUAUUAUGAGUGUAUAAAAAUAGAAUUUUGCUCAAAGUGGAAGAGCUGGUUUCUGGGUAAAAUUACAGAUUGAAAGCAUCUUUCCUUUGACGUAACAAUAUUGAAGAAAAAAAAGACAUCAGAUUUGUAUCCUCGGAUUGUUUCUUUUUGGUACAGUAUGUGCCUGGAAGGGAUACAACAUUAUUCUCUCAACUUAGAUUGAUGAUCGAGGUGUAGAUAUACAGUACUAGUCCCUAUUGGCACGACUGGAUGAUUUGAUAAUUCUAUAUUUGCACGAAACUCUCAAUUCCUGUAAAUUAUACUUGUAGAAAUCCACAUCUGCCUGUAGGCAUGAAAGAAAGAACGAAAGAAGUGACCUGGAAGCCAUGAAACUUCAUCUUUAUUAAAAACCCUUAAAAGUUAAGAGCAACUCUUCCACUACAAUAGGGUUUUUUGGCUGAGGGAAUCAGAUAACCCCUAUCAAUAACAACCUGGAGGUGGUGGAAAACAACUAUCAAGACAUCGUAUUUUUGAAUGCCCUCUCAUUAUGUAAGACACACUAUCAAUCAAAAGAGAGCCUUUUGAAAUGCGCACUGAAGUAAAACGAUUGAACAAGGUGCCACAAUACUGUUAUAUUUUAUAAUAAUGAUUUGAGCAUGAUGCAAAGAAACAGGCAUUGAUUCUGUAAUCAAUAUGUUACUUGAAGACGCUUAUUAAUUCAGCUCAUCUUAAGAGAUUAGGCUCCUGGUGGGCCCCAGAUAACUAGCAUUGUGCUGCAGGCGCUCUAUAGGCUAUAUUAAUAAAUUAAAGUAGAAAUCAAUUACAAGCAAAGGAACAAAAUGUUGCGGUAAGUGGAGCUACAUAGAGGGUUAUCAUGGGAUGAUGAGUGUACUCACACAGCUAUAGAAGGAGCUUCUCUGUCUGCUCAUACCUCUGCUUGU